ACUCGCUGACACCGAGUGCAGCAGUGCAGUUCGGCUCAGUUCGUAGGCGAGCCAGACGAGCUCCGUUACGUCGGGUGUGAGGUGAGUGAGAGGCGAAGCGGUCGAGGCAGCCUCUUCGUUCACUCUUGUAUCUUUCGCGUUGAGGUCCGCGAUCGUUUUCAUCGUCGUCCUCCCCAUCGUCGUCGUCGUUGUUCUGUCACUGUUGUUGUCACCGUGAUAAUCGAGAUCGCAGUGAUAGAUCGUAGACGUUGCCAAAAGCUCGCAGAGAGAGAGAAAGAGAGAGAGAGAGAGAGACGCCCGUGAUCACGAAAAGUGUGAGAGUGCGUGAAAUCGGCUAGCGUACAAAAAGGACUUGUACAUAGUCACGUUCCAGACGACGAGGAUGACGAGCGAGCGCGCCAGCUGCAUUUCUUCCUCUUGAGCCUCGUCGCGACGUCGACGAACGUGGGAACGAGGAGCGGUGUCGAUGAAGCAUCCGCGGGAUCAUCGCGAAAAAGCCGCGUCGCUCCUGAGACACGUUGUUCCUCUUCUGAGGGAGAAUUCCCGGUGGCGGAAAUCGCGCGACAUAAUCCUUCUAUCCCCCGUUCUGUGGUGCAUCCGUGGCGAGCACCCGCGGCGCAUGGGAAGCGCAAUCUCGAGAAACUGAACAACUCGGAGCGGAUUUCAUUAUCUCUUUCGGUUUAUAUUUUUCGUAAUUGAACGUCGGGAAUGACUUUCUCGCGCGUGCGCGCGCGCGCGGAACGUCGUCCAGUGAGACCGAUGGUGCGUGAAGCCGCGAAGUGACAGCUGAACAGAGAGAGAGAGAGAGAGAGAGAGAGAGAGAGAAAGAGAGGGGGCGAGAGAGAGAGAAAGAGAGAGAGAGAGAGAGAGACGUGGACGACCGGUUUCAGGAAGAAUCACGGAAUCGGCCGGGUAUGCAUCGAUCGGCCGGGCUCACCCGCGUACGUUGAAUCGAAGUCAAGGACGUAGGUAGUGUCGCCGCAGGAGAGGUCUGCGAGAGGUGGGCGGACUCGAGGAGUCCCCUCCCCCUCCCCCGCUUGCCGCCAGGACUUGCCCGAGGACUCGCGCGUGAUUACACGCAACAGAAUUCAAAGUGCGGUGUCCCGGCCUCAGUGAGAUGGCCUUCAUGAUGAAGAAGAAAAAGUACAAAUUCUCGGUGGAGGUCCACCUGGAGGAGCUCACGGCGGUGCCAUUCGUCAAUGCCGUGCUUUUCGCCAAGCUGAGGCUCCUGGACGGCGGUUCCUUCGUCGAUCAUUCCACCAGGGAGGAAGUGCAGGAGCAUACGGUGAGAUGGAACGCGAAGUUCGAAUUUUUAUGCAAGAUGAGCGCCAACGCGUCCACGGGCGUGCUUGAUCCGUGCAUUUUAAGGAUAUCUGUGAGAAAGGAAUUGAAAGGAGGCAGGUCCUUCCAGAAACUAGGCUUCACCGAUCUAAACCUGGCCGAAUUCGCUGGAGCUGGCCUCUGCCGAAGAAGGUGCCUCUUAGAAGGCUACGAUGCGCGACAUCGUCAGGAUAAUUCUAUGCUGCGAGUAGCUAUAAAAAUGAAUAUGCUCUCCGGAGAUAUUCUAUUUAAAGUCCCUUCCCCAUCGUUAAAGCAGACGCAGUUGGCAGUGCCCGGGGUGCAAGGUGUACCUGGUGUUACCGGUGACGAGGUGACGGUGUCUGAAAGAUGUACCAAUCGAGAGGAUUACGUGUCUACCGGUUCGUUGGCAGGAAGUAUAGCAAGCGCAAGCAGUGGUUUCGGCAGUCUUCCCAAAAAAAGGCCCGCACUCUUCACUUCCGAACUUCUCAGUGGAACGGAAACAUACGACCCGAUGACUCUCAGCGAGAUUGUACCCUCGGCGGUCCCAGUAGAAGCUCUAGUAGAGGCGCACACGGAAUCCGGGCACUCGCGCAACAGCAGCAAUACCAGUCAACUUAGCAAGGGGUCCGGCUAUGGUUCCUUAAAUUCACACAGUCAGCACAGCAGACAGAGCAGUAGCGGUGAUAGUGGUCACAUUAGCCUCAAGCAAUCUCUUCAUUCUCAAUUUCUCGACCAUAACUACGAGACUCUGGACUCACUAUCUUUUUUUUAUUUUACGUCACCUUCCUGGCCGGUAUGGGCACCACGAAUUCCCAACUCCUCUCAGAACCUAUCCACACAACCGAUCACCUGUCGACCCGAUGUCUGUAUCGAGUCUCUGCCACUGCACCCGUCCUCUCUGUCGCACAUGGCCUCCAGAGCUCGGUUCUGGUCGGCAUCGAGCCCUCUUUCUUCGCGUAGUAGUCCGACAGAUGUGGAAAAUCCGAUGAAAACCGAUAUUAUCGCGUCCGUCGCGAAGAACAUUUAUUCGAUCGGAAAGCAGCAGCAGCAACAGCAAUUAUUUUGCGGAAUUGGAAACGGUUUCUUAAACGAGACCGAUUCGCAUGAUUAUUGCGAUGGCGCGAACACAGACACCCGGGUAGCGUCCGGUAUCUUCAGGGUGCCAGACGUACCGCGACAUUCGCGCAAGAAUUACGAGAGGAAUAGUUUUGAGGCGCGUAACGAACGUAACGCGAUGAUGACCGCGAUCGCCAAGGAGAGUAACGGACAACAGAGUAACGUCUUUCCGAUCGCGAAGCCGAGAAUUAGUGCCGCGGGCUGGCGCGGCAUGUCGAAAACCUGUGACUGCAUUGAGAAGGGCAAGACGAGCCCGGUGUUGCGACUGGUCGAUCAGGCCAGAGCCGUGUCCUCUCCCGAUCCUCUCCAUAGGCCCGACAAUCAAAGAGCCCCGCUACGUCCCACGACGACAGCUCAAACCCUCAGAAAUCCUUCUGGUGGUUCGGGUCUCAGCGAAACUGGAUCCUUGGACCGUGCAAAGGCUGCUCUGGAGCGUAGAAAAAAAGCGGAAGAUAGUGCUGGUAAUCCUGUCCUCUGUAGAGUUGAAGUCACCAGGCCGAAUCCUGAUUCCCUUAUCGACGAACUGCUUAAAGCAACGAAUUUAGAGCAGACGGAUCUUGAAAGUUCUGAGACAACUGGUCUUCAACUCUUUAUUGCGAAAGACGGCACGACUGCACUUGGUAGUCACGAGGUGAAAAGCCAAAUGCCCGCUGGUGUGUUCAAGCAAGUGGUAAUGGAAGAAAACAAUAGGUAACACGAAGCCAUCACCACAAGACGGCAAUAUCCACGACAGGCCAGCGCCACGUUUUCAUUGGCUCUGGUGCCAGAGCUCGUCUACGAAGCCUACGAGCCGCGGUAGUUAGAAGAGAUGAUAACGAUGGGAGAAGGGAAUCGUUGACUUGAGAGGAGCAGCCAAAUGUGACAUCGUCCUCACCAGAUCGUUUUUAAAUUUUCGCUUUCCUUCGUACAAAAAAAACCACACCACGACGAUAUCCAUAGUUGAACUAAUAUCCGUCAAAAUAGUACGUUUGAAAUCGAUUACUUUAUGUGAAAUCCAUUGUACGGAUUCGCAAGACCGAGGCUGAUGCUAAUCACCUUAUAAGUGCAUAUUGAACGUGGAUAAUUGGACAGCCGUAUGCAGGUUGCGAGAUUGUUAAUUACUCUCAACACUCGGCUGAUUGAAAUAAUUUUCGUAUGUGGAUUUUGCAAAAUCUCAUACAACGAACAAAAUCUAUAUACAGUUUUGCCGUUCACGAUUUAUAAUCUCAGCUGCAUGCAAAGCACAACUUAAAGAUGAAUGUAAAUGAACACAUAUGUUUCGAAGCUACUUUAAAAAAACAAAUAUAUAUACAUAUUUUCUUCCUGGUAAACGAAGCACAAUGAUAUCCGUUAAGCAUUUUGCUUGGAAGGGGAGUGUUAGUCAAUAAAGUUUAGCCAACAGGGAAGCGUAGUAAAAGAGUAUAGUUACAGAAAAAUAGUAAGACAAAACACGGUCAAGGUCCGACGAAACUUCGCAAUGGGAAGUAACAUCGAGCGAAGUAAACGCCAACUUUAUUUAUCUACUUAUAGCAAUAUAACGACGAUAUCUUGCUAACGUGGACAUAUACUGUAAAGCAACUCGAAGUCAGCGUGAAAAGAAAUAUCAAAUUGAGACAUAUAUCGUGAUUAUAUCUUUGUAUGAAAGUAUUCUUGACAGCAUUUCUGACAAUAUUAGCCGAACGAGGAAUGUUUCCCUAGGAUGGCUCAAAGUGAUUUUUAAGAGACAUUCCGGGAAAUUACAUUCUGUGCCGAUAUCUCGCUUUUAAAUUGUAGUUUUAUUAUGUCUGCGUAUUAACAAUUUAUUUCUGCUUUACGUAUUGUAGCAUAUAUUUUUUUACCGUUUCUGAUAUUUUUUGUCGUGUUCUAAAUUCUUAAUCUAAAAAUGUUUUUAAAUCAUUUCAUAUAUUCUCAAGUUAAAAAUAAUGAAUCGGUCAGUUGGACAGAAAGAGAGAAAACAAUAUAAAUUUAUAAUUUCAAAAUAUGUUUAUGCAGAAUAUGUUUAUGGAACUAUAAAAGCAUAGAUCUAUGAUUUGUAUAAAUAUAUUACUGUUUUUAAAUAACUGUACCUUAAAAAAUGGCACAGUUUUGAUAACUUUCUGAAUAAUUCCGAUUUUUUUAAUUGUUAUAUUUCUGAACUAGCCGAUUCACUUUUUUUUUAUGGAAAAAGGUUAAAGAUAUUUUUCUGUAUAAUAUAAAUGUUUCACGACUAAAUAUACAUAUAUAGGACGUAUUAUUAUUUUGUAUUAUCAAGCUCGACGAAGAUGGAUCACCGUUUCGUCGAACCUUCUCCAAAGGCCCGGUGAACUUGGCGCGACCGGCUAUCCGGUAUCGGUGUAUAUAGUUGUAGUAACUGUUACGUAGUUAGAUCGCUGGUGUUGUAUACGCAUUCUCUCCGUACUCGAGUAAUCUGUAAUUGCUAGUGUACAUUGUGCUGAUGUAUCAAAAAACAUGUGAACGCGCGCGUGUACUUGUAUAUGCACAGAUAUGCGUACGUGCGCGCGUGAAUGCGCGUGUGUGUGUUUUCUGAAAGUUUUUUUGUAUGCCUGCCAAAUGGAUCGUUAAUGCGUGCGCUUAGGUAUGCCUGAAUCGUUGCAGAGGAUAGCGAGUACUUCCAGCGUCCAUGAGGCCCGUUUCAGAAAUUAGUCUGAGCGUUUCGGUCCUCGUGGCUUGUCGCAGAAAAAUGAAAUAACAGAAAUAGAAAUACGAAUCGAUAAAAUCGUAUGCACAAAACGCUUCUUCAGAGCGCUCUCCAAAGUAAUUCGCCGGUUUGACUUAUUCUAUCGAUCUUGCUUGUGAGUAACUUCCUGCCUGAAAGUUUCCAAGGGGUUUCUCAGUGAGUUCCACUCUUAAGAUCUAAUUAUGCCAAACCGGGAAGACUGUAUAAAAUGGCGAUGAUAAUCGCCGACGUUCCGACGGCAGAUUCGUAUAUUCGACCGUGAAUCGCAGAUUUGAUAAUAAGCAGCCGUCGCGCUGUGCGUUUUUCUUAUAAAUAGAUCGAUACGUUCCUUCCAUUGUUGCGUUUUUUCUUCAUUUUUACGUACGAACAUUUUCCUUCCUUCUAGAUCAUAUAUCCGAGUGCCGUUCGAUACUACUCUCGAUUUUAUACGAUCACGACUUGUAACGACGUGUCACUCGAACGAAUUUUUUCAUGAAAGUGACUUUCGAGUUAACUCUCAACCGCUACAAAGAUCGAGCCCAUUCUCAUAUCGCAUAUUUUGUAAAAUAACAGAAAGAUUGCUCAAUAUACGUGUAGUAACUUUAAGACAGAACUUUUAAAGGUUUGAAAGAAGUUUGUAGGGGUUCGGUUUGACGAAAGUAAAUUUAAACGUUUGAAAAAUUGCAAUUAUUUUAAAACCCCAUGAAAUCUAGAAAAUAUAUAAUUUUGCAUUAAAUCAAAAUAUUAACUUAUUAUCUAAUUAUUUAAUUAUGCCAAUACAUUUUGCACAUAUUCAUUAAUAUAUAUUUUUGUGCACUGUUUCUAACAUUUUUCUUAAUUUCUAUGAAAAUAAUAAAAAUAAUUGUGGAGUAUAAGUAGAAUUUGUCAAUCCUAAUUUAACUGAAAAUAAUAAUAUAGUGCCAUUUAUUAUUAAAAUAAAAACUGAACCCGCUGUAUAGUAGUCAUAUUAUUCAUCUUUAAUCACAGUGGUUGUGAGUUAAAACGCAAGUUUAUGUGUAAGCUUUCCUGUGGAUGUGUGCGAAAGUUGUUUUUUCACUCGAAAUGCUGUCCGCGUACAGCUUUUUAUUUAUAAAAUACAUGCGCGAUGAUCAAGAGACGCGAUUUCUUCGUGGCGAAACGUGUCACACUCGUCAAUUGACGAUUAGUUAAUUUAUUGAACAGAACUUCUCGUAAGGGAGCGACUUUACGUGCAAGUAUCUCUUCCGGGUGAGACACCAAUGAUUCCUCUUUUUUUUUUUGUAUAUCAAGACAAGAGGAUAGGUGCAAAAAGUCGGAUUUCACUCGUUUGCUGACUUUUUUCGCAAGAGGCCGUCACAGAUCGUUUAUUUCAUUCGCUCGGCAGAUAUUAAUGUUGUGAUAUUUUACGAUACCGUAAUAAUAAAUACCGUUAUUACCUGUAUUAUUAUCAUAUGUAAGCAAAAAAAUACUUUAUCUUUAUUUUGGAGAGGCGGCCAUCACGCAAGCCCGCGGGUCGCGCCCGAGGUCGCCUUCUUCGAUUCGCAAUUGUUGACAUUUUGCGUAUAAUCUUUACUUUGUGAGACGAAUACGAAACUUCCAUGUGCUGAUAAUAACAUUCUGAAAAUUA